UGCAGACAGCACUGAUGAAGACUGAGAGGACAGCCACCGCCUCCACGUGUCCACAGGCUCUCCUCCUCUGUCACAUGGCCUCACAGAGGGACACACGCAGCGCACACGCUCCUCAUUAACUUAAGAGCAGCAGCAUGUCAGCAAACACACACACUGAUUAUCUCACCCCUGUCCUCUCUCUGCCGUGCUCCACUCUCUCAGCUGUGUUCUCUCUUUAUUCAUGAGGUGAAACUGUGGCAAGCUCUCAGCUCUCUUUUGUCCAGCAUGGAGGCUGUGGCCCUUUUCUCUUUCUCGGCAUCAGAGGCAGACGAGAUCAGUUUUCAGAAAGGAGACGUUAUCAAGGUGACAGAAAUGGAGGAGGAUUCUUGCUGGUUCACAGCAGAGGUCCAGGGCAAGCGUGGCUAUGUGCCUGAAAACUACAUUUCCCUCCUCCCUCAUCCGUGGUUUGCAGGAGACGUGUCCAGAGCUGAGGCGGAGCAGCGUCUGUGCCGGCUGGACACGGGAGUGUUCCUGGUGAGGGAGAGCGAAUCGGCCCCAGGAGAGUUUUCCCUCUCUGUUAGCUACGGUGACAGGGUGGAGCAUUUCCGGGUUCUGGAGGGGGGAGGCCAGUACUGCAUCUGGGACAAGUCGUUUUGCUCCUUAAAUCGUUUGGUGGAUUUCUACCGAGUUCACAGCAUUGCCGUGGAGAAAGUGGUGUGCCUCCGAGACCCUCCCUCGCCCCUCCAUCUGCAGUCGGAUCCUGGACGAAAUCCAUAUCCCAGCCCUUACAAAAGCAGCUCUGAGGAGGUCCCCUCGGCCCACCUCCAUUCCCGCCUGGAGCGAGAGGCCACCCCACGUCCGUUUAAACCACUUUUAGAGAAACCCCGUCUGGCUCACGCCCUCUGCGACUACACUCCCCGUCAAACCGCCCACCUCCACUUCUGGCGUGGUGACAUCAUCGACCUGCUGGACUGUUCGAGCUCCUUGACCUGGCAAGGCCGCUGCCGAGGCCGAGUCGGCAUCUUUCCAGCAGAAUAUGUCCAGCCGCUGUACCGUUAGCACCAUAUCGGUUUCUGUCCUGUAACCCAACAUUUCUGGCUCAGGCUGUAGUGACUUACCCUGCUCACCCAGAGACUGAAGAGCUGAAGGCAUUAGGUAAAAGCGAACAAAAAUCUUACGGGCGGUGAUUUUAUUUUUCAAAUAGAGACCUUUUCCCCAUUCACUCUUUAGGAAAGGAUUUCCAUCACGCAGUUAAAUGUGCACAAUGGUGUCUAUGCGUAUCCCAGGUGCUGCUAUCUGUGUGUCAGAAGCAAAAUGCUCCACUUUUUAUCGUUAUGUUCCCUGUUCAAAUCGAAAUUUCUCAGCCUGAAAGCAAAGUGUAGAAGAUGAGAUCAGGCUGGUACAUUAUCUCCACCCACUGUCAGUACUGUUUAUGGCACAUGUUUUUGAUGUUCUUCUUACGUUAAAAUGCAUAGAGAAUUAUCUAAAUUAAA